GGCAGCGAUUGCGCGAGGGGGAGUCAGGGCGGAGGCCUGCGAGGUCCGCAGCUUCUGUGGCUAUAAAGACACUUUGUCUCGACCACGUGGCAGCCCUCGUGGCCAUGGCGCCGCUUGCCUCCUCCGUGCCUGGCGGUUGGCCGCCUGCCGCCACCGCCGCCUCGGCGGCCCCUGCCUUCCAGGUCGGCCUCGUGUCGCCCGCCGGCGGCCCGCGGGCGCUGGCGCCCCGCGCGCCCGCCGCCUCGAGCUCCACCUCGGCCGCGGGCGCGGGCUCCGCCGCCGGCGCAGCCUCGCUGCUGGCCGGCGUCCUCUGUGCGCGUCGCGCCACGGCGGCUGCCCGUCACAGGCGCAGGGCGCGGCAGCCGCUGCGCAUGGCGACGGCCGCGCCGACGUUGGCGGACGCGCCGCCGCCGCUGCUGGAGCUCUCGGAGGACGACCCGUCCGCGUUCACGGUCGGCAUCCUGGGGGACUUGCACCUUGACCCUCGCGACCUGGAGCAUUCGUACGAGGGCCGCGAGCACAUGAAGGCCGCCUUGAAGGGGACCCCUCGCCCCUUCGUGGUCUCGCUCGGCGACCUCGGCGAGUCGAAGGAUUGCAACCAGACGAAGCAGCUCUUCUCGGGCACCACGGAUUGCUUCAACCUCGCGAGAGAGUACCUUGACGGCUUCGGCGCCAAGUGGGACGUCGUGGGAGGCAACCAUGAUCUCGAGGGCAUCGACGAGUUCGGAACCGACGAGGAGAAUUUGGAGGCAUACUUGAGCAUCUUGGGCAAGGAGACGCCACAGUUCUGCCACGAGGUGGCGGACAAGGUCCUUCUGGUGGGACUUGGGUCCACCGCAUUCCGCACAGCGCAGUACACAUCCCACGAGGUCUCCAUUGACAAGAAGCAGUUAGAGUGGUUCGAGGACAUCAUCUCGAAGCAUCCUGACUCCGAGGGCUGGCAGGUCUUCUGCUUCUCGCACGCGCCAAUCAUCGGCUCUGGCCUGCGCGUGUUGCAGGAGUGCCAUGUCGUCAACGGGUGUUGCUGGCUGAACCAUUGCAGCGCUGUGGACUCCAAGAGGUUCAUCGAGGUCGUGCGCAAGAACGCUUGCGUCAAGGCUUGGUUCUCCGGGCACUUCCAUUUGUCCCAUGACUACCAGGACUCCAUCACUUUCCCCGACGGGAACGGUCGCGGCUCUUGCGUCUUCGCGCAGACCGCCGUCAUGACCGCCCGCUCCACGCGCGAUGGCAGGCGGCAGUCCAGGUUUCUCCGCGGCAACGCCGAGGGCUUUGAGAUCUGCACGAUCGACCACUCGAAGGGCGGCAAGAUUCGCUUGGAUGCGACGAUCACCUAUGACGAGUGCAUCAUCGACGAGAACAACAUCAUGGACGGCUCCAACUCGUGCUCCACCCUCGCGUACGCCCACCAGCACGAGGACUACGACCAUGAUAAGUGGUUCAGUGCGUACGUGCCCCAGGAAAACGACGGCCGCUACGUCGAGCUCCCGGACGGCACCAUCAACCCGGGCGUGGACUUCUCGAACCCGGAGGAAGUCUGUUGGUGGCACAUGAAGGACGGCGCCGUGUUGGGCGUGCACAACGGCAUGAUCAUCGAGUACGACCCUUCGACGCUCGCGCCCUUGGGCAUGGUGGUCAGCCGCGACGAGCUCAAGGGCCGCCUCGUCGCCGUCAUCGACGACGAUUGGGGCGGCUCAGCCCUCCUCCUCUACCGGGACGACUCCGAAGAUGUCACCGUGGUGCAGCCCAACGAGGACGGGUCUUAUUGGCGCAAGGUGGUGCGCAACAAGAUGCACCGCAUGCAGGAGAUGCGCCGCGCGGCCGCCGCCAAAAAGUGGAUGAAGCAGCAGAGGGGCGAGGAGCGCGGGCGUCACGUCAAGGUCUUGUCUUCGUACGGCCCGUACACGACAACGGCCGGGCAGGUCAUGGGCUUGAGCACGCGGGCCAUCUGCCCGAAGGCGAAGGAGGCGGCGUGAGGAGAGGGGCGCGCUCGACUGGAGAGAGCGAGGGCGCGCGAGGGGGCGAGAGGCGCCACCGCCGAGGCGCAGACCGUGCUGAAAGGCAGCUGCUGCGGCGGGUGCCAGGGACCCGGCGCCGUCAGGCGCGCCGCGAGGCGCGCGCCUGAGCCCCCCAAGGGCGCCCCAGCACGAGGCCAGCAGGCGUGCGCCCGUGAGGCGGCGGUCCUGCGGCCGGGGCGGCGGGUGGACCCCCCGAGGCAUGUGCGGCCUGCCUCCCCUCGACGUCCACGCCGCCCCGCCGUCGUGAAUUGUUUGCUCGCGCGCCCCGCGCCCUCUCGUCUUCCCGCGUUUUGGCAGGAGACCGCCCCUAAAUGGGGCGAUUUUUCGAGCACAGCCUCCCUGUGCGCUUUUUCAAGGGCAUACUAACUAUUAAUCUCGGCCACAUUGGCAGGGCAAUUAUCUGCGCCAUGUGCGGUGCACCUCGUGCCGAUCACGCUGUGGUUGCGCGCUGGCCUCACCGAGGUCGCUGCUUGGAGGUGUCCGCUCCAUUCCCCCUCUAAAAUUGAGUUCUGCGCGCUCGUAUUCAUGGUCUUCCCUUCUCCCCUCGCUUCGCCUUGCUCCCGGCGCGGCACCGAUCGUUUCAAUCAUACCGUAUCGGUUUAACCGCCCAAAAUUUCCGCCCCUUCCCCGUCCGCUCGCAGCUCCUCUUGCAGCGGCUGUCUCUCGUAGGGGGCAGACUUUGCCCGCCCAGGCGGGCACCACCUGCAGGCAGCGCAGGGGUUGUAGCAGCACCGUUGGAGCUUCGCAGUGGUUCUCCAUCUCCUCCCUCCACACACAUCGUGUAU